CCCGGAGAAGUGGCACAGUUUUAUUUUACGCAGCGGCUCAGUGGAUAUUCGACUCUACUGGAAGUUUCCCACCACAGCCCAGUUUGACCUGGAGGACAAACCAGUGCGAGGCUCGGGUACCUGGAGGAUCUCACCAUGGGGGACGUGGUUUCCUCUCACCUGGAUGAGGGCAGGAGGGAGAUGAUUACAGCUCGGACCAGAGACGUGAUGAAGGAGUUCAGCGACGUGUACGAGCAGCAGUACGCCGUCGCUCUCUUCAACAGCGUCCGCUACGAGAUCGAAGGAGGAGGGGGGGCGCAGUCGCAGCUGCUGCACCGACAGGACCCCCUGGCGGGCCGGACCAUUUUCUCGGGGAGUCUGUUCCAGUACCUGGAGGAGAACAGGAAGUGGAGGAAUCGCUUCGUGUCGGUGCCGAGCACCUACAGCUUCGACCUCUAUGAGAGUAAAACUGCACACGACCGGGAGCUGCAUCCGAAAGUGACCAUCCACUGUGCCGGGUACAAGGCCCUGACCUCCAUGGAGGAGUACCUGCAGCUGAUGAACACCAGCCUGCCAGGGAUCAAGGCCCGAGUCGGCAGUCAUCCGUUCAUCAAGGUCGCGACCCAGUUCCCGCUCAUCCUGUGGCACCCGUACGCCCGACACCACUACUUCUGUGUGAUGACGGAGAAGGAGCAGAAGAAGUGGCACGCCGUGCUGCAGGACUGUGUCCGGCACUGCAACAACGGUCUGUCAGAGGACAGCACCGUUGAGACGCCCGCCUUCACCGACGCUGUGAGACACCACAGGCAGAACAAGGGACACUACGGGACCUGGGACAUGAUGUGUGGAGCCCCCCCACAGAUUCUGGCUAAUCUGGUGAUGGAGACUCUUCACCCUGAAUUAAGAAACGUGAUUGGUCCUCGUCUGAAGGGGAAAAUGCAGCAGAGGCAGAGGCACUGGAUGUUGGUCUCCGACGCUGUGUACAAGCAGGUGUUAUCUCAGACCAAGAACCAGUACGGCGCCAUGGUGGACGGCUGCGAGGCCCAGAGGGUUCAGCUGGACGCCAGGCUGCGGACGGACAUGGACCAGAUCAUCACGUCCAAAGAACACGUCAGCAGCAAGAUACAAGCUCUGGUGUUGCCAAAGACGGAGCCACUCCUGCGAACCAGCAUCCAGCCGUACAUCAGCUCCAUCCUGGAGGCCCUGAUGGAGCCCACCAGCAGGGGCUUCUCGGAGGUCAGGGAGGUUUUCUUCAAGGAGCUGGUGGAGAUCAGCAAGAACUCGCUCAACGGAGGGAGCAAGGACAAAAUGGGAGACCACUUGGAGAGACUGUCCAUGCUCGCCUUCCACCCCGUGAAGAUGCAGAGCUGCUACGAGCAGGUGGAGCAGCUGAACCUGGAGGGGCUGCAGCAGAGGUUCGAGGUCGGCAGUCCCUCCGUGUUCGUCAGCAGAGCUCAGAUCCUCAUGAGGGAGCAAAUGGACAACGCUGUUUACACAUUCGAGCAGCUGCUGCACCAGAGCUUGGAGGGAAAAGGAGAAGAUGACAUGUGCAAGACCAUCCAGCGAUGCCAGGACAGGGUUAUCAAGAAAUAUGAUUACGACAGCAGCACAGUGAGAAAGAAGUUCUUCAGGGAGGCUCUGCUGCAGAUCAUCAUCCCGUUCAUGCUCCAGCAGCUGUCACCCUCCUGCUCACCUGAGCUGCCUCGUUUCAAAGAGCUGAUCUUUGAGGACUUCUCCCGCUUUCUGCUGGUGGAGAACAUGUUCGAGGAGGUGGUGCUGCAUUCUGUCACCAAGGACAUAAUGAUGGCUGUGAAGGAGGCGGCCGUCCAGAGGAGACACAACCUGUACAGGGACAGCAUCGUCCUGACAAACAGCGACCCCAACCUGCACCUGCUGGGAGAGAACCCCUCGGUGGACUGGGCCACCAAGUUCGGGGAGGAGGAGCACGAAGGCUCUGUGGUCGGUGUGAUUGAAGGAGGGGGUUCUAAGAGUAGACGGCGGCAGGUGGUGUCAAUGAUCCAGCUGGAUGGGGUGCCUCUGCCCUACGAGUCCUGUCUGGAGGUUCCAGGGGAGGAGAUCAUCCCGGAGGAGGAGGACAGCGAGGUGUUUGACAAAAACAUGGAGUACCAAGAGGAGGAUGAGGAGAACGAGGACCUUCCCAAAGAACCCAUGUCUCCUGAUAGCGUGAAUUUAAUCAGGGACCUUAUUAAUCCGAUAGUGGAGAUGGUGGUGCCGGAGUCAGAGGAGAAGGAGAGCGACGUCCCCAAAGGGACACAGCCGACCAGAGGCAUCCUCACCUCGGAGGACGGAGUACAGGAGGAGGUGACACACGUCACCACCAUAGUGGAGGACGUCCCCAGGAGAUCUCUACGAGACAAGACGUCCCCGCAUGCAAUCCUCAGGCAGCUGGUAGGAAGCAUGAAGGAGAAGGCUGAUAAGGAGGCGCAGGAGGAGGUGGCCAUCAAGAACGUCCCUGAGGAAAUUCAUUUGGCGGCACAGGAAGACGACAGUGGACUGAUUGCGGAGGUCUCUGCGGCAGAAUCAGAUCUGGAGUCAGCACCAGUGCCGACAGAGUCCAGCUCGCGAGAAGACAGCGGCUUCCAGUCGCUGACCAACAUGGAGGCGGAGGAAAUUGAGCCUCAGCCAAUCACAAACGGCCUGAGUGGGGAGGACAAAGUCAUCGACCCCGUGGACGUGGAAGUGACUUUAGCGUAGGAAGACGAUGUUCUGGACAUGAGUAUGAAACUGGAGACAAACUGCAGACAGGAAACAGACGGAACAGGAGAGGAAAGAAUUCAGAUUUUAUUUAAAGGUUUAAUUGUUUAUAGUUGCACACUUCAAAAACCAACUCCCCCCCGUCCCUUUCUGAAACAUCUCUCUGGAGACUGGUUCCUCUCUGCACGUUUUCUCUAAACGACAAUAAAACUCUACAGAUUCCUCAUUUAUUUGAAUACGGCUCCUUUCAGAGACCACUUUCACAAAGUGGUGUUCGCCAAUAUUUUAUUGUGAUCGUCCUCUUUUCAUCUAAGUUAUGGAAGUUCUCUAAUGACACUAAGGGGAUUGUUUGAGUAGGUAAUAAGAUCAGAUUGAUAUUAUCUCAAUUUAUCUCAGAUUUCAUGUAUGUUAGCGUUUAAAGCGUUUUAGCGUUCAGAUUUGACUACAGUGCAGGUAGAUGAGUCGUCCUCUAAUGAGCGCAGCCUCUACCUGGGCAGCAGGGGGUGCUGUAACCAUUCCACAGAUGCUUCCAGCAGGGGCAUUUUCAUACUUUUAACAGAAAAUGAGUCAUGAAAGUCAUCGAGGAAAUUUCACACAAAAAUCAAUUCCGUCCCUGUUCAGACACUUAUUAUUUUAAUUUGAAUAUUUUAGUUUAUCUUCUGACCCUGCGAGGUCGGGAAUCACUGCUUUUAAACAACUGUUUCUUUAUUAAACAUAUUCUUUUCCUUGUUUGUGAAAUGUUAUUUUAAACAUUUAAUUUGUUAACCAUGCAAGCAUUUCUUAAAUUUGCAAAAUGGCCUUUAUGUUUCAACACGUUUCAGGGAUGAUUUUUACUUCCACAGUGAUUCUUCCAUUUUAUUCCUCUGGGGGGGAAUAACCAGAACACUCUCGUGACUUUUCACUCGACUCUAAACAUUUUGGACUUGUAGGAUUUUGAUGAACUUGUAAUUAGAGCACGCUGUCUCAGUGAUUACAAGACAAAAGAGUGACUCCUUUUUCUCUUUUAUUAUUUAAUUCUAUCUCUUCUGGGUAAAGGGAGAGUUCAACUCAAAGUCAAACAUGUUCACUGCUUUGUUGGUGUCCAACUCUACAGACGUCUGGUGUUCUUCUAUGUGACUGGGAUAAACUGGCUUUUCCAUUAAGACUAUGUGACGUCCUUCCCAGUGUAAGAAUACAUGUGAAAGAAUCACUGACACUUUUGCUCACAUUCAUAUAAACAAUUGUUGUCUCUCUGUGUUUAAUGAAAGAGUCGCUGAAGAUGCAAGAGGUUCGAUAAAUUGUAAAUAUUAGACUUUAAUUACUAAAUAAAUCCGUCUGUAUUUUAAA